CCUCCCUUAACCGGUGUCACCCGAAUCAUUAGAGAGACACAAUUCAGUUUUAUGUUGAACGUUUUUGGAAAGUGUUUAUUGACAGUUUAAAGAUUCGAUCAAGUUUUUUAUUAAUUGGAAUCGAAAUCAAAUCUUUUAAUUUACAUGUACAUUUAUAUUUAAUUUUUUUUUAAAAUUGUCUUAGUUUUAAGAGUAGUUCUUCCUGCUUUACACACUUCGUAACCACGUGUUUAAUGUAAACUUUCACCUCGCCGUUUUCAGAUGCCUUUAUUUAAUAUUAAGCGAUAUGAUGCUGACAGUGACUCAACUGGGCAAGUUUCAAAAGCCACAUAUCUUUCAAGAUUAAAACAUCUCUUGCAAGAUGCAAAUAAACGCAAAGAAGCAUUAGCAUCUCUGUCAGCUCAAAAAACCUCAGAAGAACCUGAGCAAAGUGAUGAAGUGGUUGUCCUAGAAACAGCUGAAGAUGAUGGUGGUGUUACUGUUAAAGAGAUUAAAGAAAUCAAAGAACAAGAAGUACAUCGCAAGAAAAAGAAGAAACGCAAAGACAAAAACAAAAUAGCAAGUCCCCAAGUGAACGAAACUGAAGUUGCCCUGACAGAAAAAACUGAAAGUAACCAAGUAUCAACUAAACAUAAAAAACGUAAAAGAAAAGCUUCUGUAGAUAAUAAUAAUAAUAAUGAUGAUGAGGAAGAGGCCAUUUCUUCACGUACUCUUGCUAAAAAACUGAAAUUUGAUUCUGAAAGUGUUGGUAAAUAUGAGGAUAAAGUGAAAGUGGACACAGAGGCAGAUGUGGAUGCAAAUUGCGUGAAUGAGGACCAACACUUGGAAGUGCCCCUUGAAAAACAGAAUGGGGAUGUUAAUGAAAGUUUUAUCCAAGAAGGACCACAUGAGUUUGGGGAAUUCACCGUUCUUGGAGAAUACAAAAGACAGGAAGUACAAAAGGUUUCUCGGAAAUUACCUGAUUGGCUGGUAAAACCAAAUUUGAUAAAAACUGAUCUUUCAGAAGAAAAAACACACGUUUCCGAAUUUGAAGGUCUUGAUGCUAAACUAAAGAAGAAGCUUCAAGAGAAUGGAAUCAAUUAUUUCUUUCCAGUGCAAUGCCAGCUGCUUCCAGUUCUACUUAAGGACGUUCGUUUUGGUGUGAAUGUCGGCUGUGCAGGAUACCAUCCUCGAGACAUCUGCUGUUCCAGCCCAACCGGGAGUGGAAAAACAUUUGCAUUCGUCUUACCAAUUCUUCAGUCACUCAAAGGUCGAGUUGUGUGUCGUGUAAGAGCUCUUGUUGUUUUACCAGCCAGGAGUCUUGCCCAACAAGUAUUCAAUGUUUUCCGAACUUAUGCUGCAGAUCUACAUCUGAAGGUUAUCUUAAUUAUGGGAGAGAAAGUCUUUCAAAAAGAACAAGAAUCUCUAGUUGAGAGAAGGUCUUAUGGUUAUGAAAGUUUGGCUGACAUUGUUGUGGCAACACCUGGAAAAUUAGUGGACCACAUCAAUCAAACUGAAGGCUUUGAUUUAACACACCUGAGGUUCUUGGUCAUCGAUGAAGCGGAUCGUGUCUUUGAUAUUAUGAAGUACGAUUGGUUGACCAACUUGGAGAAAGCUGUUUACAAGAUGCCAAUGUCUGACUCUGGUACCAGUUGUAGACCAAAGCCUGGUCCCAUAACAAUAAAUCAGGUUUCAAAGAUAUCCACUCCGUUCCAAAAGUUGCUGUUUUCGGCCACUCUCACAGAUGAUUCAGAGAAACUGCAAAAAGUGAACCUCUUCCAGCCUCGUCUUUUUCUUGCUUCUCAAAACAUUCUCAAGAGUUCCAAUAAAUCUGGAAGUGAAUCUGCUCUACCCAACACUGAAGAACCUGGCAAUGAUAUAAAGAAGCAGAAGAAUAAUGUUAACGGAGAACAAAAUAUCAGAUUUAUAAUUCCAGAAAGUCUUAAGGAGGAAUAUUUGAUAUGUAAUCCAUCUGAAAAAGUUAUCGCCUUACUUCAUUUGGUCCUUGAUCGAGGUUUUCAUAGUGUGGUUUGCUUCACCAACUCAGUUGAAUCAACUCACAGACUCUGUCUUCUCCUUAAACACAUUGACAAAUUCCCUGUCGCUGAAUUUUCUUCAAGAAUCAAAGUAAACCAAAAAGAAAAUAUUUUAGCAGCAUUUUCCAAGGGUUCCAUUAGAUUAUUGGUAUGUACAGACACAAUGGCUAGGGGAAUGGAUCUGCUUAAUAUUGACCUUGUUGUUUCUUAUGAGUACCCAAAGUUUGUGGAGACAUACAUUCAUCGUGUUGGCCGGACAGCACGAGCUGGGCAGCAAGGUACUUCUGUCAGUUUGUUGGAGUUUCAGCAGGUUGUUCACCUGAAAACAAUGCGUAAACAGUGCCAAAGCAAAAGUAGCCUUUCUCAAAUAAAACUCACAAAUCAAGUUAGAAAAAAGUAUGUCCCUCUUCUACGCAGUGCCGUUGAAGCUCUACCUAUAUCAUUAAAGGCUGAAAACAAGAAAAACCAACCAAAUAAGAAAACUUUACAGAGUAGCAAAGCUUAAAUAAAUUACAUCACUAACAUCACACUGAGUCAUAUUCAGACUUUUUUCAUCACACGUACAGUCAAGUAAAAUCAAAAUCAAAUCAAGUCAAAUCACGAUCAAAUGGAAAUUGUAGUUGUGGCCGAUGCCAGUGCCACCUGAUUGGCUCCUGUGCCAGUAGCACGUAAAAAGCACCAUCCAAACAUAGUCGAUGCCAGUUCCCCCCUCCCUCUCGCUGGCUCCCGUGCCAGUGGCAUGUAGAAAGCACCCACUACACUCUCGGAGUGGUUGGCGUUAGGAAGGGCAUUCAGCUGUAGAAACUUUGCUAGAUCAGAUUGGAGCCUGGUGCGGCCUCCUUGCUUGCCAGUCCCCAGUCAAAUCGUCCAACCCAUGCCAGCAUGGAAAACGGAUGUUAAAUGAUGAUGAUGAUGAUGAUGAUGAUACACAUGCACACACUCUCUUUCUCUCACAUAUAUAAGGUGGUGAGCUGGCAAAACCAUUAGCUAGACAAAAUUCUUAACCACGUUCUUAGUUCAAAUUCUGCCGAGGUUGACUUUGCCAUUCAUCCUAUCAGAGUCAAUAAAAUAAGCACCAGUUGAGCAGUGGAAUUGAUGUAAUUGACUAAGCCCUCUCCCCUAAAAAAUUUUUAGGACUUGUACCUUAGUAUAAAGGAUUGCUGUUUAACAACUACUACACAUUUAAUUAUCAGGGGUGUUAUCCUAAAGUUUAGUGAUAAGUCUCCCCAAAUUUCAAGAGUCUUAUUUAGUAUUCUUCAAGCUGUAUAUGCAUGCAUGCAUAUAUAUGUGUGUGUGUGUGUGUGUGUGUAUAAAUAAAUAUAUAUAUACGUAUAUGAGUGAUGCCAGUACCACCUGACUGAAAUUCAGUUUUGCCAUUAAUCAAUAAAUAAAGCUUUUACAAUUUGCAAA